AUGGCCUCUCUUCUCGAGAACAGGGUCUAUACUGAUACGGACCUUUUCUACUCCACCAAUCUCGAGAACGUUGACUAUUCGCAAUUCCAAGUACCAUGGUUCUAUCGCGCCGAGUUCGAACUUGAGAACGCCAAUGGUUCGCAUUUCCGGCUCAAGACCAACGGAAUCACUUCGCGGGCCGAUCUGUACCUGAAUGGCGCCUUGAUCGCUGAUAAGAACGUCCAGGCUGGCGCAUAUGGGGGGUUGGCGUACGACAUCACCAGCGAAGCCAAAGCGGGGAAGAAUGUGCUGCUUGUGAGAGUCUAUCCUACGGACUACAAUCGCGACUUUGGGCUUGGAUUCGUAGAUUGGAACCCGUACCCCCCUGAUAACGGCACAGGGAUAUGGAGAGACGUCGAGAUCAAGCAAACGGGUCCGGUUGCGCUUUCAUCCCCAAGAGUCACUUCAGCACUUGAUGGAUCAGUCAGUAUUCACGUAGAUGUGCAUAAUCUGGAGGAGAGCGGCCACCAGGGAGAGGUAGUCUGCACCGUCUCCGAUCCACAUGGGAAAUCGCUUGGCCAUCCCCACGCGGAAUUCCACCUCUUCAGCAAAGCCCAGCAGAAACUCUCCCUCAGCCUCAAGGUCCCUCGUCCGGAGAUCUGGUGGCCCAAGCAAUGGGGCCCUCAACCCCUCUACACCACAUCCUGCGCCCUCUCCACCUCAUCCGGCCUUUCAGACCGCACAUCCAUUACCCGCUUCGGCAUCCGCACCAUCACCUCCAUGCUAAACGCCCACAACGACACCCUUUUCUCCAUCAACGGACAUCCCUUCCAAGUCCUCGGCGCAGGCUACACCUCCGAUAUCUUCCUCCGCUUCGACGAGGCCAAAGUGCGCGCGCAACUCUCCUAUGUGCUCGACAUGGGUCUGAAUACGGUUCGCCUCGAAGGGAAGCAAGAGCAUCCCCGCUUCUACGAAAUCGCUGACGAAAUGGGCGUCAUGGUUAUGGCGGGCUGGGAAUGCUGCGACAAGUGGGAGGGCUGGAGUUACAAUGACGAGGGCUCUGGUUUCAAAUGGACGGACCCCGACUACUACAUCGCCAAUAUCUCAAUGCGCCACGAGGCGGAGAUGAUGCAACACCACCCCUCCAUGCUAACCUUUCUCGUAGGCAGCGACUUCUGGCCCGACGACCGCGCAGUGCAGAUCUACGUCGACGCAUUGCGAGCAUUCAACUGGGACAUCCCCAUCAUCGCCUCCGCCUCCCAACGCGGCUUCCCCGCCCUCCUUGGCAACGGCGGCAUGAAAAUGGACGGCCCGUACGACUGGGUGCCUCCGAACUACUGGUACGCCGACCAACUAGGCGCAGCAUUCGGUUUCGGCAGCGAACUGGGCGCCGGCGUAGGCACGCCUGAACUCUCCUCCCUGCGCAAAUUCCUGUCUCCCGCGGAUCAGGAGGAUCUCUGGAAACAGCCAAAUAAGGGCCUGUACCACAUGAGCACAAACGUAUCCUCCUUCUACACGCGCGAGAUCUACAACGCCGCGCUUUUCCAGCGUUACGGCCCACCUACCUCCCUCGCCGACUACUUGCUCAAGGCGCAGAUGAUGGACUACGAAGCCACGCGCGCGGAGUACGAAGCGUACGCUUCGCGCUGGAGUGCCGCCGAACGCCCUGCGACGGGCCUGAUCUACUGGAUGCUGAACAACGCCUGGCCCUCCCUGCACUGGAACCUCUUCGACUACUACCUACACCCCGCGGGCUCGUACUUCGGCACCAAAGUCUGGAGCCGCAUCGAACACGUUGCCUUCGAUUACACGUCCCAUUCGAUAUACCUGAUCAACCGCGGUCUUGCGAACAAAGGGGCGAGCAGAACCGUGGACGUCGAACUGCUCAGUCUCGACGGACAGUCCCUCGGUAAAACCACACUUAACGCUACCACGACGCCGAAUUCGAGCAAGAGACUCUCCCCCUCCGUCCCCGGACUCUCCGAAAUCGAAGACACCGCGCUGCUCAAGCUCGUUCUCAAAGACGACAGCCACGGCAAGGUGCUGAGUCGCAAUGUAUACUGGCUCAGUGGGAAGCCAGACGUGCUAGACUGGGAGAACUCGGACUGGUACUACACGCCGGUAACUUCUUACGCUGACUACACAUCACUCUUCAGCAAGAUGGCGAGGGCGAGUUUAUCCGUAACUACACAUGGGCGAAAGGCAGUGGUGUUGGAGAACAAGAGUAAAGUACCGGCGGUGUUUGUGCGGUUGAAUCUUGUGGAUGGGAGGAGCGGGGAGGAUAUCGUGCCGGUGCGGUGGGAGGAUAACUACGUUACGUUGUGGCCAGGGGAGCGGAUAGAGAUUGGUGUGGAGUAUGAGGGCGGUUAUGGUGGAGCGAGGGUGGAAGUGUCUGGGGUGAAUGUGGAGGGGAGGAGUGUUCAUUUGGGGGGCUAUUGA